AUGGCCUACCUGCUGCUGUACGUCGACGACAUCAUCUUGACGGCCUCCACCGCUGGUCUUCUUCGACAACUCACCGACAGUCUUCGCGCUGAGUUCGCGUUGAAGGAUCUCGGCCCGCUCCAUUACUUCCUCGGCAUCGAGGUUGUCCGGCGUGCGGACAGGUUCUUCCUUCAUCAGCGGAAGUAUGCCCACGAACUUCUCGAGCGUGCAGGAAUGCUUAGCUGCAAUCCUGCACCUACUCUUGUCGACACAAAGGCUAAGCUCUCCGCCAAUGAUGGGUCGCUAGCAUCCGACGCGCCGUUCUACCGCUCCAUCGUCGGUGCCCUCCAGUACUUGACGUUGACACGUCCGGAGCUCCAGUACGCUGUGCAGCAGGUGUGCUUGCAUAUGCAUGCUCCUCGGGAUGCUCAUUGGGCCGCGGUGAAGCGGAUUCUACGCUACGUCUGUGGUACCAUGGGCUACGGCAUGUCGCUGCAUGCUUCACCCUCGACAUCGACCGACCUCGUUGCCUACUCCGACGCGGACUGGGUGGGAUGCCCGGAUACGUGGCGCUUCACGAGUGGCUACUGCGUCUACCUCGGCUCGUCGCUCGUCUCUUGGUCCUCCAAGAGGCAGCCCACCGUGUCUCGCUCCAGUGCUGAGACCGAGUACCGCGCUGUGGCAAACGCUGUAGCUGAGUGCACGUGGCUUCGCCAGCUACUAUCCGAGCUCUCUUGUCCCGUUGACAAGGCUACAGUGGUUUUCUGCGACAACGUGUCGGCCGUCUACCUCUCCGCCAACCCCUGGGCCCUUCCAUGGAGGGCCGCCCUGCAGGCUGCCCUUUGUCCAUGCAGGAAAGAGGAGAAGCGUUGCCGCCGCGAGCGCCACACAGGCUUCGCUCGGCUGCGCCCUCCGGCGGCCUCGAGGGAAGGGAGGUGA